AUGUCAGGUUACUACGUUGGACCCUUCGGUCGUAUGUUAUCAUCCAGAGACGGCCAAUUACCGGAACAGCCCUCGGAGCGCCCAGCUAACCGAUCAGUAUCUGGGGAAAACCCAUACCAGCUUCCACCUCCACGGACACUAACAAACGUCCAAUUUGGAUCGGACCCUUUCCGACGACACGUCCAUGGAGAAAAUGUCGAGCCAGGAAGAGGGCCUGCACAAGCAGAGACCCCUUUACAACGCCAACAGACCGAGCAACUUCCAUCUGUCAGGCAAUUGUUGACACCAUCUACGGACCCGAACCCCCCUCCUUCUUAUCCUCAAGCAUUCGGAGCACCUGCACCCACCAUUGACCAUCGCGAGCUUUCUUAUCCACACCGGCAUCAUGAUCAGAGCUUAGCAUCACAGAUGACUUCGGUCGGGGCGCAAGACAGAGCAAAAUCCCGCUCGGAAUCGCAUCCACAGCCCCCGACUGGUCUUCCACCUUUGUCCCAGGUGGCCAUGAAUAAUCCUAGAGACUUAAAACAUCACACAGCAACGCGAAGUGACCCGUCGACAGCAUCUUUUCAACACAGCCAACUACAUUUCCACGGCACCCUCUAUCACGAAAAGGCCAUGAGUGGUGACCUCUCAUCGCCAGAAAGCGGGAGUCGGAAAAAGGGGUCAUUGCUUCCUCACGUCGUGGACGAGCGAUAUAUCGACGGUGAAGGAAUUUGCUACAUCUAUGCGGAUGGAUCUCACUGCCCCAAGGCCAUUGAGGGAAUCCCGGUCAAUGCAAACUGGGGUGUUACCAAGGCAGGAAAGCCGAGGAAGCGGCUUGCACAGGCGUGCCUGACAUGCCGAGAGAAGAAAAUCAAGUGCCAACCGAACCUGCCCAAAUGCGACCAGUGCCAGAAGUCUGGACGUGAAUGCAGGUUUGAGAGUGCCCCUCGUGGAAACCGCUCGGCUUUGAGAGCCUCCCACUCCGCGGGCCCUUCUAGCAAAUACGAUUCAAAGGAGGGCCUUUCACCAGGCAGCCAUGGGGCUUCGGAUGUCUCCCCUCUGUAUAACAUGCCACGAGCCUCGAACAGCCCAACCUCUAUGCCAGGAACCGGUGGACAGUCGCCGAUAUCCGAGGGACCAUCGGGAACAGAAGGCACCUACGAAACAAUGGCCGACGUGGACAGAGCAUACCGGUCACGAAUGUACAGAAUCCCACACCUUUUUGCUGGAGAUGAAUCGGUCGCACGACACCCGGAGCAUAUCGAAGCCAAUCGACUCCCCGAAUACUCUGAGAUCCUGGGCGAACUCAGGGACAUCAACCCCAACGACCCGCUUGCAGGUUCCUGGAACAUCGAUCCAUACGAAAGCGACCCCGACAUGACCGUGCAUUAUGUCGAAUCAUACUUUUCCAACGUGAACGACGGCCUGUACCAUAUCUUCCCACAUGCACGAUUCAUUCUGUGGCUGAAAUCGUGCCAUACGAAAUCCGCCGAGGACAAGAUGCUGCUCUAUUCGAUGAUGGCCUUGGGAUCGAUAUUUUCUGAUCGAUCUGGUAAGGUCGUCGCAUUGAGGGAGUAUUCCCGCAUAGCGCGCUUCGCCGUUCAGAAGAGUCAGCACAAAUUGUCUUUGCAGCUUGCUCAGAGCCACUUGAUUUUGAGUCUCUGGUAUUAUGCCACAGGUUCUUUGGUGGGGUGUUGGGACUCGAUCGGCGCCGCAGGACGAGCGGUCUCUGGCUUGCGGUAUAAUAUGGAGUCCGGAGGUGUCAUUGUGGAUCAUAGCCAGGUUUGCGAUUAUGGGUUGCACCCGCAGGCGUUGAUCGAGUGUCGUCGCCGAACAUUUUGGGUUGCAUUUAUUCUGGAUAGGGUUUCGAGCUUAUUUUCUGCAUCCUCGUCAUUCAUCUCAUCAGAAUCAGUAUUGAUCCGACUGCCUUGCCGAGAAGAGAUAUACGAGGCACAACAAUAUGCCACGGCACCAUAUUUCCAAUCCGUCCUCAACCAGUCUCCUGCACCAGAAGAUGACCGGUCAACCCUGAGUUCCAUGGCGUUUUUAAUUCAGAUACUAUCAAUCUGGGGAGAUGUCUCCCUCCACAUCCUUCGCCUAUCACACAUUCCGCCGGACGGAUACACCCGCCUCGCCGAAGAGUUUCACGUCAACAUCAUCCGUCGAACCGAAGAUUGGUCUCGGCAGCUUCCAGAACAUCUGGCGUUCUCACCCAUCAACAUGGAGCGGGCCAGUCAGACCAAGGAAGCGGACACAUUUGUUUUGAUCCACAUGUUUUACCACGCUACGUUGAUGAAGCUCUACCGACAUGCACGAUACCAGGGCCUCCGAUCUGAGGACCUAGCUCAGUACAUUCACCGAGCUCGUUUUCAUGCAGUGGAGACCCUCCGUAUCGCUCUUGCGGUCACUCAAUACGCCAGCGAAAUGCAUUCCUCCCGAUCCCCCCCGGAGAAACCAUCACCCAAAGCUACCUUGUUGAGCCCAUUCCUAGGCUACGCAGUUUUAUCAGCGGUGGACGUGCUCAGCGCAGCCGGCCUGGUCGCUGAGUUACCGGAUUGUAUCUCUUUCAUCAGAGGAGCGCUCGGCAUGGUCCAGCUUCUCGGCCGCCACUGGGACAGCUCUCUCGAAGUGACGAAUCUCAUCCAGAAGCGCCUGGACUUGAUGAUCGACUGCCUUAACGAUCGCAUCCGAUGCCAAGAUAAAUUGGGCUUCGCAGUGGAUGGUCCGUCACUCGAAACGAAGAUCCACGCCGGUACUUCACCUUCUCAUCCGCCUGGGACUCUUGAUGAGGAUCUAUUCUACGGGUCCAUGCCGCGGGAGGUACUUUUGCACGCGAUGCGAGUCGAUGACAGAACGUUUUCACAGCCUAGCAUCGUCUGGCUGACGGACCGCUGA